AUGGAAGCUGUCGACAAACAUCGAUACAGAGGCCAGAGAGAUAAUCCAUCUUUCUCAUCGUCUUUGCUUGACGUGAUCUACCGCUCAAUCGAUGAAAGAGAUGAGGAUUCGGUGGUUUAUAGAAGAACCAUGAAGAAAAGACAGAGCAUCGAUGGUUGUUUCCAAGUUGAUAAGCAAAAAAAUAAUGGAAGUAUCGGACGAAGCGGCGGAACGAAGUUUACCGGAGAAGUGGUGGUUCGCCGGAAAUCAGCUGCCGGUGUCGAAAGUUGUUCCCAGCGAAGUGAAGGCGAUUCCUUCUUCUUCAACUCAAACAUUGGUUCUUCAUGUUCUACCUAUGGCGUAGGUUUUCCGUCGUCGGAGGUUGAAACGAUAUACGGAUUUCCGUCGAGGCCUAGACCGAUCCGUACCAGCUUCAUUGAAGACGAUAACUGCAACACACGAGAGAAACAGGUUCAAACGCAUCCAUCCGACGAUUUGCAAACGAAAGGCAAGUUCGUAAAGACGAAAUCACGAGCUAUGAAGAUCUACGGUUACCUGAAGAAAGGAAAACAACCGAUUUCGCCGGGAGGUCGAUUAGCGACGUUUUUUAUUUCACUUUUCACCACCGGAAACGGAAAGAAAUCGACGAUGUCAUCCUCCUGUACUGGAAUUCACGACGAGGCGAUAAUUCAUUCAAACAGGAAAUCAAAAUCAGCCAAUGUUUCAACGUCAUCAUCAACAACUUCAUUUUCACGAUCGUGUUUGAGCAGAACUCCUCCGUCGUCGACAGGAAAGUUAACCACCGGCAUGAAAAGGUCCGUUAGGUUUUAUCCAGGGAACGUUAUAGUCGACGAAUAUUGUCAGCCUCGUGGACGCAAAUCGCUACAGGGAAACCGAUCCGACUCACCUGCUGUAAAAUUCGCCAAGGAAUCAUUCAACGAAGAGCUUAAAAAGCAUUUAACAGAGAAAAACCGCCAAAUCGAACAAACUACCAUGAAUUUGUUGAAGAAUUAUCAGAAGAAAGUUGAAUAUGUGUUUGAUUCAAUUAAAAUCAAUUCAAAAAACGACGAAGAUUACAAUGACGAUGAAGCUGCGAGCUACGCAAGCUCAGAUCUGUUUGAACUGGAUCAUCUUUCUGCCAUCGGAAAAGAUCUGUGUAUGGAAGAGUUGCCAUUGUAUGAAACAACUAGCAUUGAUGCCAAUCGAGCCAUUGCUAAUGGUUUCCUUGAAUGAUGAUCGUCGGCCGUAAAGCAAAAAUGGAGGUUCAAAACUCCAGUCAAUUUCAUUUUUUACCAUCUACUAUUUUUUAGGUGACGUUGUAUCCAUU